GGCCCGGCGGUGCCGGAUGAGGAGACUCUGAGGGGAAGUUUGGCCGCCGCCGCCGCCGCGGGCCCCGUGAGGAGGAGCCGCCGCCGGGAGCGCGGGCCCGGCACCGCCGCGCCGCCAUGGGCAACCGGGGCAUGGAGGAGCUCAUCCCGCUGGUCAACAAGCUGCAAGACGCCUUCAGCUCCAUCGGCCAGAGCUGCCACCUCGACCUGCCGCAGAUCGCCGUGGUGGGCGGGCAGAGCGCCGGCAAGAGCUCGGUGCUCGAGAACUUCGUGGGCCGGGAUUUCCUUCCCCGUGGCUCUGGGAUCGUCACUCGCCGGCCUCUCAUCCUGCAGCUCAUCUUCUCCAAGACGGAAUAUGCCGAGUUCCUGCACUGCAAAUCCAAGAAGUUCACGGAUUUCGAUGAGGUUCGGCAGGAGAUCGAGGCGGAGACCGACCGGGUGACGGGCACCAACAAGGGCAUCUCCCCCGUGCCCAUCAACCUGCGCGUGUACUCCCCACACGUGCUGAACCUGACCCUGAUCGACCUGCCGGGGAUCACCAAGGUGCCAGUGGGGGAUCAGCCCCAGGACAUCGAGUUCCAGAUCCGGGACAUGAUCCUGCAGUUCAUCAGCAGGGAGAGCAGCCUCAUCCUGGCCGUCACGCCGGCCAACAUGGACCUGGCCAACUCGGACGCGCUCAAGAUGGCCAAGGAGGUGGAUCCGCAGGGCCUGAGGACCAUCGGGGUCAUCACCAAGCUGGACCUGAUGGACGAAGGCACCGACGCCCGGGACGUGCUGGAGAACAAACUGCUGCCCCUGCGGAGAGGUACGGCUGGCCCGGGUCCCCAGUGUCCCCUGUGUCCCCCUCGGGUCACUCUGUCACUCUCCCCUUCCCACCCGGAAAAGCGGGAUUUUCCCGGUUUCCCCGGCUCAGCUCUCCCCAUCCCUCGGCAGCAACUCACCAACCACAUCCGGGAGACGCUGCCCUCGCUGCGCAGCAAGCUGCAGAGCCAGCUGCUGUCCCUGGAGAAGGAGGUGGAGGAGUACAAGAACUUCCGUCCCGACGACCCCGCCAGGAAAACCAAAGCCUUGCUGCAGAUGGUGCAGCAGUUCGGGGUGGACUUUGAGAAGAGGAUUGAGGGCUCAGGAGACCAGGUGGACACUCUGGAGCUCUCCGGGGGCGCCAGGAUCAACCGGAUCUUCCACGAGAGGUUCCCCUUCGAGCUCGUGAAGAUGGAAUUUGAUGAGAAGGAUUUGAGGCGGGAGAUCAGCUACGCCAUCAAGAACAUCCACGGGGUGAGGACGGGGCUGUUCACGCCAGACCUGGCCUUCGAGGCCAUCGUGAAGAAGCAGGUGGUGAAGCUGAAGGAGCCGUGCCUGAAAUGCGUGGAUUUGGUGAUCCAGGAGCUCAUCAACACCGUGCGCCAGUGCACCAGUAAGCUGGGCUCCUACCCCAGGCUGCGGGAGGAGACCGAGCGCAUCGUCACCACCCACAUCCGCGAGCGGGAGGGCAAAACCAAGGACCAGAUCCUGCUGCUCAUCGACAUCGAGCUCUCCUACAUCAACACCAACCACGAGGAUUUCAUCGGCUUCGCCAACGCGCAGCAGCGGAACACGCAGACCAACAAGAAGAGAGCGAUCCCCAACCAGGGGGAGAUCCUGGUGAUCCGCCGGGGCUGGCUCACCAUCAACAACAUCAGCAUCAUGAAGGGCGGCUCCAAGGAGUACUGGUUCGUGCUCACGGCCGAGUCGCUCUCCUGGUACAAGGAUGAGGAGGAGAAGGAGAAGAAGUACAUGCUGCCUUUGGAUAAUCUGAAAAUCAGGGAUGUGGAGAAGGGAUUCAUGUCCACCAAACACAUCUUCGCCAUCUUCAACACGGAGCAGAGGAACGUGUACAAGGACCUGCGGCAGAUCGAGCUGGCCUGCGACUCGCAGGAGGACGUGGACAGCUGGAAAGCCUCCUUCCUGAGGGCGGGGGUUUAUCCCGAGAAGGACCAGACGGAGAGCGAGGACGGGGCCCAGGAGAACACCUUCUCCAUGGACCCCCAGCUGGAGAGGCAGGUGGAGACCAUCCGGAACCUGGUGGAUUCCUACGUGGGGAUCAUCAACAAAUCCAUCCGGGACCUCAUGCCAAAGACCAUCAUGCACCUCAUGAUCAACAAUACCAAGGAUUUCAUCCACUCGGAGCUGCUGGCCUUCCUGUACUCGUCGUCGGACCAGAGCAGCCUGAUGGAGGAGUCGGCGGAGCAGGCGCAGCGCCGCGACGAGAUGCUGCGCAUGAGGCCCCCGGCGGCCCCGAGCCGCCCGACCAUCAUCCGCCCGGCCGAGCCCUCCCUGCUGGAUUAA